AAGAUAUACUUUUAUUUAUUCUUUCUAUGAAUAAUAAAAAAUUAUCUAAUAUUUGAUGAUUGAUCUAUAUAUAUAUAUAUAUAUAUAUAUAUAGAUAUAUAUUUAAUUGUUUAAUUAACUGCCUAAGAGAAUAAGUAGCUGAUAUCAAUUUAAAUAAAAAAAAAAAAUUCCUUGAAUAAAAAUAACACUGCGACUUUAAAAUUCCCGGUUAAUUCCACCAUGUUGGUUUUAAUUAAUCAAUCUUCAAAACAAAGAAUCGAUCUCUCGGAUCGUUUCCGUGAAAUAAAUCGAUUCAAAUAAUUGAAUCGCACAUGAAUAAAUCGAUUCUGUGGAGAAUCCAUCUUGAAUCGUACAUCUCUAGCUCCAUGCCAGUUAAUCUAGUGCUGCUAGCGUUUACAAGUUUUAAUAACAUCUAAAUAUAUAUAAGCUUCUACAAUUAUGGAAAGCUAUAUUUCACCGACAACGCCUUUAAAAUCGUUGAAGGAAGUUGUCAAGAGACUUCAUGGAAAUCUCCUAGCGGACAAUACUUCGGAAAUGUUCAGCAUCCAGUUAUCAACUGAAGAGGAGAAAUUACUGGUAUAUAAUUUAUUAAUAUUACAGCAAGAAUUUAAAAAGAAUAACAUUUUAAUCACUUUUCACCAAUUGGAUAAUUUUAAUACCGAUACUGGCUCCAAGGUCUUAAGAAGCGUCCCGGUGAUGGAUAAUAUAUUUAAAUCCAAGAAAUUAUUCAACGAAUUAAAAGCUAACAAAAAUACAAUGAUAGAUUCUUCAAAAUAUCAUCAUUCGAUAGAUGAAAAUAUUGACUGUAAUUUGAUAAAUUUUUAUCUCAAUGAGAUAUUAUUCGAUUGUCAAUUUAAAAAUUUACCAUUUUUUACAGACUAUUACAAAAAUAAUAUUCUAAAACAUAAUCGUUCCUCGAAUAGGGUUUUCGAUUCCAUGAAUAUGUACUUGGAUGCGUUCGAAAUACCUUCCUCGUUUUUAUGGAGUAAAAAUAACGAGCAUGAUGUUAAAAAAUAUACAAAUAUUUUAUUUAAUAACUUAAAAAAAUAUCAUACAUCUAAUAAACUCAUAAAUACAUUAAAAUCAAAGUCAACUAGUAACAAUAGUUAUUAUCAUUAUUAUGGGGGUAUAUCCAUUGUGAAUAACAGUAGCGGAGAAGUCGAUAAGAUUUCAACGAUUACAGUACUCGAUAAAGUAUGUACUGACGCGGGCUCUUUGAUUCAUGGAUCAGAUAGUUUUUUGUCUGAAUCCCCAGGUAUUAACACGUCAUCGUUUGACAUUGGGUCUUGUGGUAGUGUAACAUGUAUGCACUCCGAAGUUGCAGAUUUUCCGUCAGUAGCAUACUUAGUGGCCGGCGCUCCUAAAAUUUGGAUAAUAAUAAAUGAAGAUUGUAUUGGUAAAAUGAAAAAACUCUUUAUUACUUUGAACGGCGGUACGUGCGCUGCUCCAUGGGAACAUCGUAACAUGAUAUUUACACUUGAUGAAUUAGAUGCUCACAACAUAGGUUAUAAGAUUACAAUACAACAUCCGGGUACAGUAGUAACUAUUAGAGAAGGCAUCUUUCAUCAAAUAAUAAAUUUAGGACCUAACAUAAUAGAAUCGUGCCUUUAUGCGGGCAUUCGUUGGGAGUUGCUGAAUAAACAUAAUACUGUUCAGUGUAUGUGCCUAGAUGAUAAAAAUGAACCAUUGUCGAAAAACUGCGUUUUAAUAUAUAACAGCGGAUUACAAGUCAAAUUAAAACAAUCAAAAAAAGCAAUACAUAGUUGUAAACAUGAUAGUUGCAAUUAUAAAUUCACUACUAAUGCAGAUUUGGAAGCUCACCUAAGAAUGCAUCAUCCAAACAAAACAUCUACAAACUUUGCGUGUACUGUGUGCGAUGUAUGCUUUUCAACUAGAUCAAAUCUAUUGAGACAUCAGAGAGAUCUACAUCAAGACAAGAUAUCGUGCCCAGGUUGUAAGAAAUUUUUCGUUAGAAUUUCACAACAUUUAAAUACAUCAAACAAGUGUUCAUCAUUAUACAAAUGUCGUAGAGGAAAAAUCAUACCGAUAUCUGGCGGCGAUAUGACAUUAUAGUUUCAUAUUUGAUGUAUUAAUUUGACAAUUUCUCGUUUUUAUCUAAGUGACUUUGUUUUAAUAUUUCACAUGUAGUCAUUGGACAUUUGUUUAUGUUUAACAUAUUAUUUGUAUUAUUAUUAAAUCUCAUUAACGAUGUAUUUAAAUUUUCGAAUGAAGCAUUUUUUAAUACGUUAAAUUUCAUUAU